GAUCUCAUUGCAUUGUUUACCUGUCAUGAUACCAUGGAAAUGUUUCUCGAUGGUAAAAGUCUUGGUGAACACCAUUGUGAUUGGGAAAAGAUUAAACAGUUCCUUAUCCCAAGAUUUACAAAAGUUGUGUCAGUUAAAGGAAUGAGCGCGUCUUUGGAUUCUGGAAUACUUGGUUCAAUCAGCAACGGCCUGGUAACUAAUGAAAGCUGGAAAUGUAGUCUUCAUUGGUUCCCCGGAUGGAGUUCCCCGGAUUUUGAUGACAGUCCGUGGUCAGCGGCCGUGGUGGUCACAGAACACGGUAAUAUCACAGGUAUCGACCCAGCAGCCAAGUGGAUAUGGACAAAUCCAAGAGGAUUUGAUGAAGCUUAUUGCAGGCUAAGCCUACGUUGAACGCAAAACCGUUUAUCUUAGAGACAGGUCAUUUUUUUUUAUCACCAAGGGGGGGUUAACCUAAGGCUCUGUCACAUUCUGACAAUCCCCUUCAUUUACAAUUAAUUGGCAGUCGAUUUCCAAUAUCACGGUCCCCCCUCUUAAUACUAUGGAGGCCACGACUGAUUCCCUCCCAUUACCAUACGUUAAAAACCAUGUAUUCCCCCCCUAAAAAAAAAAUUUUCCACUCCGCAAUCCCCCCCUCACCACGUGUAUGAAAAUAAUUCUCAACGAAAUCUGUCGUCAACUUGUAACCAUAUAUUCCAGUUUGUCUUUUUUGAAUGAGCCAUAUGAGCGUUUACCUAAGAACACCUAAUCUCUCUCUCAAGUCUUGAUUUCGUGUACGCACACGAGAAAUUUAAGGGAAAGUUAUUCCAUAACCGGCUAAGAUAAAUAAUAUUUCUGUGGAAAAACGAGGUGGCACAGAAAAAAAAAACGACAAAAGAAAAAUAGGGGUGAAUUUUUAACAAUUGACGUCAUCGUAGACAUGUCACAUUUUACAUAAUCCGUACAAAUAAAGUCAAACUGGCUGACAGAGCAAUAAAAAAGAGUGAUCUUUACUUACCAUGAAGAAAAAAGAGCGUGCCGAAAAAAAUCAUGCCGGAAAAUUAAAGUCGUGUCGGAAAACUAAAGUCGUACCGCAAAAUUAAAAUCAUCUUGCCAGAAAAUUGAAGUCGUACCGGAAAAUUAAAGUCGUGCCGAGAAAAAAAACUGAGAAGGUGAAAAAAUUUGAUGAGAAACGUGAGAUAGUACUUACUGAGCUCCGUUUUCCCUCCCACGGUAACAGUUCAAUUGAAGGAUUUGUAAAAUAUCGCCCACUAACACAUUAAGUGAAAAUUUGAUAAAAUGUUGUAAUUUUUAAAGGAGACUUAAUCCUGCUGUGUAACAGCGACACCAAGGCAAUUAUCCGCAUCUUUUUACCGUCAUCCCGUCAAUUAAUUAUUUAAGCAUCUCUUUCGCUUUUAGCGCCAAAAGGAACAUCUGUUAUGAGCGUGAAACAAGCCUCAUUGCAAUUGGUUAUUGGUGAUGAUAACCCAUCCUUUAUCAUGAUUUUCUUGCUGAAACGCAUAUCAGGCCGGAACAUCAAAACCAAACUCCUCAAAAACAUCUUUCCUAAGUCUGAGCGUCGUUUGUAGGAAGUCUUCAUAGUUACUCUAACGAUGGGAAAUUAUACGAUCAGUUCAUACAUUGGGAUUUAUUAUUUGAUUCAAGAGUACUAAAGAAUUUUCGUGUACGCUCAACAAAGAAUAUGGGGAUUUUAGACAUACUAACAUAUGUUGGUCUCUCUGUCUCGAGUUUCAGUUUUCUCUUAGUCUUAGUGACUUACUCACUUUUUAAACAGCUUCGAACUUUACCCGGAAUCAACUUGAUGAAUUUCUCUAUGGCACAUUUGUUGGCAGACCUACUUUUCCUUCUAGCAAGCAGUGCAACGAAGCUCACAUGUACAAUAAUCGCCAUUUUAAUGCACUAUUUCUUUCUAGCGUCCUUCACCUGGAUGUCAUUCAUCGCGUUUGAAACGUGGCGAACUUUUUCCACAAUCUGCAUACAGCGCAGAAAUCUGACCAGAAGUGAAAAGUGUCUUAGUUUAAUGCGAAGAAUUGCAGUGGGAUGGCUUCCUGCUUUUGCUGUUGUGGCAGUGUGUGUAGCAAUUCACCUGUUCGACGCUGAUACGUUUCUUUACGGCGCCCGCGCUACUUCGACCAAAUUCUGCUGGAUAAACAAUCCAACUGCGCUAUUGUUCGCGUUCGCUCUGCCAGUAUUUAUUGCCAUAUUGUUUAACAUUGUACUCUUUUCCUUGACUGUGAUAGCUAUACGAAAAACAAACCGUCAACUGAGAGAAGCAACAUACCAUGCAAAAAACCGCAUAACUGCGGCUGUGUUCGUUAAGAUUUUCAGUUUGAUGGGCUUCACAUGGAUUUUUGGCUUAUUGAUGCCGUUACACAGAAGCUUUGCAUACCCAUUUGUCAUAUUUACCACUUUCAUGGGACUGUAUGUAGCGCUGGCGUUUGUGUUUACGCCAAAAAUCAUGAGUUUAUAUCGCGCCAGGCUGUGCACUAACAAAACUGAGGUGGUUCCUUUUGGAGCUGAAGUAAAUAACAGCGCCCCUAAACAUGAAAGGCAAAAAACUCAUGAAUGACUAGAUUUAUGAUUUACAAAAACAUAGCAAACAAAGUAGAAAUUCCGUGCAUUACUAUUUCCCUGCUUUACGCUGUAAAAAAUUCACCUACGGUGAUAUAACGAAAAGGCAAAAUUAGUCGUUCAAAAAUGUAAAAUGGUGUUACUUAAAAUGGAAUAAAGCACACCGACCAUUAGUAAAACGGACUCUUUCUCGUUUUUUGUUGUCACCAUAAAUUAUUACCUUUUUUAUCGGGUAUGGAUACGAAAAAGUAAAAGCUAAGUGGAAAGAGAAGCGGAAAAUAGGUAAGCGUGCUCCUUGCCGGUCCAGCUGUAGACGGAACACAUUUGACGAAACGACGUAAUUAUCUGCUUAGGCCAGAAGGGGAAAAUAUUAAGAUCCGACCAGCUCAACAAUGAUUCUCCUUUGAUGAUUUUAAAGCCAUUCGUAGGUUCGAUAAGCUGAUUUUCAACUCUCUCACUACCUAUCCGAGAGAUUUCUUCCUCCCUCCAUUAUGCAAUGACUCUAGAUGCGUCACUUCAAUUUAUUUCUAAGGAAUAUCGGAGGAUUUUUCGAAGACAUACCAAAGGAGUUUUCAUUUGCAUUACUCUGCUAUAUGGAACGACUUUAAAUUUCAGCACUACGUGAUAUGAUCGUUAUGGCUUUUUAGUUAUUCGUGCUGCAAAGUGAUAUUCAAAUAUGCGAAUAAAAUAGAUAAAUAAAGAAGCCGUCAUUUGGCAUUUGACACGACAGUGAUCGUGUGUUUUUUUAUGAUACUUCCUUAGAAAACAUAGAGCAAAUUUUCGAUUUAGAAAGAUCGUCUUGCUCGUUAAAACGGAAUGCUUAGGAUACAAUUUCUUUCAUUUCUCCAAGUUUGUAGAGAACUAAUUAGAGAUCCCAUGAAAUAUUUUCCUUUGCUGUUGUUGGCUGUCAAGACUUCUGUGUGUUUUUUUUUUUUUUUUUUUUUAUUUAUUUUUUUUAAUGACACUCGAUCGAGUAAUGCUCUAAGUUUUAUUUGUUCAUCGCAGCUGCUGACUUUUGACCCCGGCAAUACAUUCAUAAAUUAAAGCCGUGAUCCCAACGAUCGGAUCCUUGUUAACUGUAUGUACAUACCAUCCGAAAAGAUUCGUCUCAACGAGAGAACCCGGCAUUUGUAGAGUGAUCCACAUUAAGCACUUUAAGUUCAGUUGACAAGAUGCAAAAUUCCGUCUUCUCUCAGAACCAAUCAGAUCUUGUUAUUUGCCGAAAAUUUGGCGUCUGCUUGCAUUUACAUAUUAGUUUUGUCAUAAGGACUCGAGCAAACUACAUAAUCCUCGUCAGUUUUACUCUUCAUAAAGGGAAAAACAAAUUUUCGUCGUUUUCACAAUGAUUUCGACGCCUUUGAAUCUGAAAGAGUACAGGUAAUCUUGUUGAGAACAUUUGAAAAUAAAUUCAUCGCGGUCCUACAGCUAGAACGAAUUUCCAGUAAACAGAUGGGAACAUCUUGUAAAAGGAAGAUUGAUACGACUCGCUGGGUAACAAACAGUAUAGAUGACAAAGGAUGGAAAUAAAGAGCACCCAGUCUGCUAUUUCAAUUCCUAUUAGCUAUGGGUGCCCGUCAGUCUUAUCAAAACUGUUAUUUAUUUUGUGAAGCUAGAAUUCUUAUUCUACUAGUUUGCAUUUAGGGGAGGGAACAUGAAAGCAUGGAAGAACGUAUAAAAAAUAUUCAGCAUCUUAGAGCCUUAUUUCUGUUCCCUAUUAAAAAUCAAAUGCCUAAUUAUAACUGAAAUUUAAAUAUUAAUGGGGUAUUCUGAAUUUUUUUUGAAAAAUUUGUUUUAGGCCUGCCCUGCAGUGAGUGUAGAUUUUAUUUCAAACAAGUAAUAGGGAAAAAUAUAAAACGAUUAUAUACUAUAUAUUUAUUGAUUUUCAUUCACAUCUUUAAAAACUAUCAAGAAGCAGAGAGUAAAUAAUUCACGCAAAUUCAAAGUAUAAGAGCGUGACAUGUUGUAUCGUAAAAGAAAAUUCUUAUCGGUUAUAAUCUUCCUAAAAUCCUCCGAUAUUACUCAGAUUUAAUUGGAGGAUAUUUAGUAACGUACUUAAAUGUAAAGUUAAAUAAUAGAUUGAUUGCAUGAGAGAACAGAGUCGGCUUUGUGAACCAAGGAGAGUAUGGCAAAGGGUAUACACGUGACGCCAUAGGAAAGCGAUGACGAUCUAUAUAAGGGGGUUUUUUUAUUAAAAUUGUGCAGUAGUUUUAUACAAGGGUGUGAUAAUGAUCCUUAUUGCUUUACGCGAAAAUUUUUUAAUGGAAUAUUUCAUGAAAGAACGAAUAUGUUAACCUCACGUACACAGAAUUUUAAUUAACACUUUUAGUGUGAAUGUUUUGAAUGGAAUAUUUCAUAAACCAACCGGCUGAUUCAAAAUUUUUACAAAAUGAAAGGUUUAAGUGCUGAGAAAACGUUAGAUUGGUCAGGUGGAAUUGAAAUCAUCGUCAAACAUCGUAUAAUAGGCUGUGGCCCGCCAUCGCAGUACCUAAACACUUUCAAAAGAGAAGUAAUGAUCGUUUGUCUUACGAUGUGGUCACUGCGGUUAUGGAUCGCGACGUUUCCAGUUGAUUAGAUACUAGUUGAUCGAAUCUUUUUCGAGUAAAGCUUCUUAGCUUCAAGGAUUAUACGCUGCCUCGUCCCAGAUGUCUCCCACUCACCUAGUCUGAUCACUGUGGAUCAUUGAAGUAUGUGUGAAGGUGGAGGACAGAUGCAAAGCGCACAUCGAGAAAAUCAAGAUCGUAUUAAAAGGAUCUCCAAAGAAGACCAUAUUUGCACUUCCAGAUGUUGGUUGUCGAGUUCGUAUUUUCCAGAAUCGUAAUACUUAACUGUUUGACUUACCGAAAAAAGAGUCUUCUACGAAAUGUGUGUCACUGAGAGUUGUGGUUUUGGCCUGACGAAAUCUUGUCGAAGUGCACGCGUACGAUCACAGUUAUAGUCUCUCCGCUUUAUGCUGUGUUGACGAUUCCUUUACCAACUUCCGUUCCCCAGAAAAAUAUCCGACCCUCACCCAGGCGAUAAAUAAGAAAUAGUUCCUUCCUGAGGGAUACAAGCCGUUUUACUGACUGAUUCACGUACUCAAGUCCAUAUGUACCUUGAUGGCAUGUGAUAAAAUCGUCAGCGAGACUUAGAAGCCUUGUUGAUUGAAUUUUGAUGAGGGUUUUAGACUUGCAAACAAGAUGGGAUCAUUAAGAACCAAUCAGAUUUAUGUAAACAAAAAGAAAGGACUUCCCCUCGAGCCUGAGUAACAUAAUCAUAAAUCGAAGACUUACACAAAGGAAAUUCUUAAACUUCUCUGUUCGCUGCGGUAUCCGUCUCUGAUGGGGAUCAAAAGAAUUAUCAUACUUGUGUUUUUUCAGUUCAUCAUCCAUCUCAGCGCUUUGGCUUCCGAUGAAGGAUGUAACACCAAUUGUUCAGCAUACUUUUUGACCAAAGAGAACAAGAGACUUACGGGCUUUGUCGUGCAACGCUUCGAGUCUCAAAGUUUGUUAUCAUGCAGUUUGACAUGUUUGCAGCAAUCAUGGUGUACCUCUAUAAACUUCAAGCUGAUUUCACUGGAUGGCAAGGGGAUCUGUGAAUUGAAUAAAUCGGAUUUUCGGAGUGACACAUGGAGCAACCUAAAUGCCGUCCCAGGGGUCAUUUUCUCAAAGCUCUUAAAGGUAAUCAAAAAUGUGAGGAAGUAUAGCACUUCAUUUAUAAAGGGGCAAUUUUGUAAAGAAACUGUGGUGCUGCAUCGGAGGGAGGUGUUACAAGAUAAUAAGGUUUUACUAACUGAGUUGAUGAUGUAAACUGGCAAACGUAACUUAAGAGAGCUUUACGGUAACCAAUUUACAUCAUUAACUCAGAUGAUAAAACCAAAUUACUUCAUCUGUUAGAACGUUUAUGAUCUUCUUGUAUGGCAUAGCUCUCUAACUAUUCCUCUGUUGCUCCGUUGGUAAUGACUUUGAAAACGAAACCAGAAAUGCUUAAUUGGUUUCCGAAUCUUCAACUGAACUUUCUUUUUCAUGUUUUGCGCGCUGGUAACAAAUGUUCAACAUCUUCCAUAUUUUUGCCACGGGCUCACGAAAAAAUCAGGUAGUAUUUGGAAAAGAAGAAAAGCUGUCCAAAUACUUGAUGGCAAACCAGUGUUUUUACAGCUUUAUUGAAUUUACAAAACCUAACAUAUAAAAGUUACGCUCACAAAGUCCUUUCAUAAAAAAAAACAAUAAGUUAGCUAGCUGUUAAUUUUGUUCUGUCAGAAAAUCUUUUCUCAAUCACUAAUUCUCGAAUACAUUAACACUUGCUACGCAACGGCGGUAUUAGCUUACAAUUUUUUGGUUUUUUCAUGCAUUCGUUGUCAAAUCUUUGAAUCUCUUUUUGAUAAAUCAACUCUAAUACAGGACAAUGAAGCAAGGUCGGAUUCAUUCCGUGUGCACUGAAGACGUUUGCACUAUUCCUACAUGAGCAAUAAUGAAAAUGGUCACCUUACAUGUACUUUAUAAUUCAUUUAUAAAUGUGCAACAGAAAUCACUCGAAUUUGUACAUGCUAAUUUGGUUUUGUCAGAAAGUGCAUAACGCUUACGUUGGCUUAAAAGCCUCUCUUUGGUGGCCAGUUCACAUCAUUAAAUCAGUUGCUAAACACAAAUUAUCUCGUUAUACUCCUCCACAGACGCAGCACCAAAGUUUCUUUAGAGAUUCGUCUCCUUUAUUAGUUUGUACACGUGAUGGUUUCAGACUGUGAUUACCCCUUGAGCUUCCAGCACCAAUAAAAAUUUUAAAGGCCUCUCACGUUAGUACUGAUAAAGAAAAAAAAACAUUUUUCAUAGUAUCUCACUCAUCAAAUUUCUUUCACCAUAUCUUGUAAACUUGACAGAUUUAUGCCAGUUGGUUAAACAGUUUUCAUUUGGUAGCGACAUGAAAGAAAUCUUUAACGUUUCGUCGAAUAUUCUGUUACAUCGGUUUAUUUCAUUCCUUAGUUUAACAAUUUUCCUGAACCAUCAUGGAUCCGUUUAUUGAUGCGUUCGAUUACUAACUUUGCCAUGAUACCUAACCCGUUUAAUUUUGUAUUGGAUCUCGUUUUUGUUUCCAUGUAUCAAAUCAAUUUUUUAUAUUUUUUAUUGCCUGCCUUGAUGUAUUGAAUUAAAGAAUUCUGGUUAAUAAUCCUCAUAAAAAGGAGACAAAUCAUUUUCCAUUACCUAUCGGUCUGUACAUCUUUCUAAAUCUAAAGCUAAUUUUCAAAAUCUUAUGUAGAUGUUAAAUUUUGGUGCGUUUUCGGAAUUAAACCUUAGACAAGGGCUUAAUAUUUUUUUAAAAUGAUCACUCAACCAUUUAUUACUGGCUAUCAAAUGACUCACUUGCAGGACUCGGCUGACAGAGGAGUAAUAAGCAGACCACCGACACUGAAAGAAAGUGAGUGACUGGUAACUAUCUCUUAUGUAACAGAUUUCUCACUUGCAUUGUUCAAAGAUGAAAAUGAAUUUACAUCCGAAGGUUUGCACUGAUAACUGCACCUGUCUCGAAGAAUAUGAUGAGGUAGUAAUCCUCUUUAACCCUUACGCCUCAUCGUGAACAUAAACAAAAAAAUCUGCACGCUGAUCUUUAUGUAUUUUUUCAUAACAACGGUAGUGAAUAUUAGUAUUUUAUUUAUAAGUUGGGGGCAAUUUUUACACUCGUAGUAUGUGUGUGUGUGUGUAGCGGGGUUGUGCACAGAAGGCUUAAAAUAAUCCCCGGAGUUGGAGAAAUUCCCAAACUACGCUUCUUUUUUAAGACUGUUUUACUAGUCCUGGCAGUUUGCUCCACGAGUGCAACGUAAGACCCUAGUAAACUAUUCUCUUUAAACUUUUGCAUGUUUUUGAAGACUGAUUUUUACUAGUCCUUUGUUUCACGCUUGAGACAGAUAAAAUCUUUUUUUACUAUAAGUUUAAAAAAACCAUCAUCUUAUCGUAAAAAAGUUUGUACGUCUUCCAUUACUUCAAGUUUGUACAGAUUUCCAUGCACUAAAACUGUCCAGUUGCACAAUUUAUACCAUAAUAUUAAAGAUACGAUGAAUGCUACCAUCACAUUUUCCUCGGGGCGCUUUUUUUGGCUUUAAUAUACCAUUUAUCAAAUUAUCAUCAUUGUUAUUAUGGCCAAAUCCAAAAUGUGAGCUAUCAAGUGAUAACGACCCCUGGCUGCUUAUAUCAUUUUCUCUUUCCUACUUGCCACAGAUAUCAUUCUUCAUUUCACAUGCUUGGGUUUCAUGGAUUUGUUUGCUGAUGGUGUAAACAUUGGCAGGCACAAAAGUGAUGAUCCAGGGAGUCCCACAAAAUUUGUCAUUCCAGGAAAUACACGUGUUGUUUCGGUGGUAGCUAAGGCCCAAAAGCUCAGGCGUGCCGGAAUUCUCGGCUCCCUUAGCAACGGACUGGUAACUAAUUCAAGCUGGAAAUGCAGUGACGGUCCGUUUCCCGGAUGUAAAUGGAUGACGCAGGAUUUUGAUGACCGAAUGUGGCCGACGGCCAAAGAGAUAGUAUUUCACGGGCCAAAUUGGCCUACUCCAGUUCCUGGUAUAGUCCAGGGUGCCAAGUGGAUAUGGAUUGCAACAGGCUCUGGUCAUUUGUCACAGCCCCCUAUCGCCUAUUGCAGACUAAAUAUGUCAUAA